AUGACGGACAACUUCGAUUUCGAAGAUGACAGUGCUCAUUUGAGUAAAGAUGCGCAAACUCGCCGGAGAUAUUUGCGUUGGUUCAACAAGCGACGCGACGACUUUUCCACUGACCGGGAAUAUGAUGACUACUUGGAGAUGGUGGAGGACAUCAUUUUUAACUUAGUGAACAACGUCGACGUCGAGGAGACUAAGGCACGGGUCGAAAAGUACCGAAAAGAAAACCAAGGCAGCAUCGGUCAAAACCAUGCCAAAAAAGGAGAAGAAGAUCGCUUGGAAGCGGAGCGCGUAGCGCAACUUGAGCGUGCACGCAUAGCAAAAUUAGCAGAACUACGCAGACAAGACCACGAAGAAGAGAAGAGGAAGCAACAAAUUCGCCGUGAAGAAGAAGCGGAGGAGUUGUUGCGAGUAUCUAAGGGAGAUGACGCGGUGGAAAAGCUGCGGAGAAAGAAGGAGAAAGCCGAGCGCAAGAAGCGAAAGAAAGAAGCGGCGGCGGCGCGCGAGGCGGAGGAGCGGGAAAAGCCCGACUUUCGUCCAAUGUUUUUCCGGCCUCAGUUUCCGAGCCCGCUCCCUGUCCCUGUUGAUCUGAGCAAGAUUACUAUGGACCAAAGACCGGAAGAGGAUGCAAAGGCAUUUGAGGCGAGGACUCAGGCGGAACAAGCCAAGGCAGCUACUGCCGCAGGUUUCAAACAGCAGUUCGUCUACGAGCGGGCGCUCAAGGAAUUCAGUCAGUCUCUCAACGUAUUGCAACUGUGAAGGAAACUACGGCGUGUUGAGUCAUCUACUGGCCUGUCUACGAAUAUUGGAAGGGAGCUUGUGAGGCGUGACCGUGUAAGAAUAUUGCGAUUGAUUGCAGAUGAUGCGUCUUCCACCUGACAUCUUGACCGAGAUCAGUCGGGCGCGUGCCAUGGUGCUGAUGCAAUCCUGAAAAGAAAGAAGAUAAGAAUUCAUUUGCGGGCGCCUUGUAUCGAUGUUUGAACCGUAGAGACACCUGUGGAGCUUGUUUGUGAAAAUGGCAUUGGUUGAAUUCCGCUUAAGAGAUGACGUGAUCGGCUUGAAAGCCAAGGAUGGGAUGACCGUAUAAUGCAACAACGUCUAUGAAUGGCAGCAAGCGAAGGGGCAAUUUCUGGGAUUCUACGUGUUCAGAGCGUCGCUGUGUGCGAUACGUGUGAGGUAAUUACCUAUUGUCAAGGUUUGAUUCGGUGAGGCAAGUGAAUUUGCGGUGAAUGGGAAAUUGAUAUUUAUUUCAAGGGGGAAGCCUGCGGUCGUGUGGUGAUGGUUUUAGGACCGGAGACAGACAUGUGUGAUGGGGAAUUUGGCAGGUGAAUGCACAUGAAAGGGUGGAAGGUCGAUGCGUAUUGCAGUGCGGCCCAAUACGGACUCGCCUGUAAUGUGGGGAGAAAAAUGAGCUGAAGGGCAUGAAGGGAAGGAGGAGUCAAAGCCAUAGCAAACUGGCCCACGAGAACGGGAGUUUAGUGGAGUGCAAAAGAAAUGAUUAAAAGGCGUGGGCAA